CAUCUACCUGGGUGGGCGAUGCACCUGCGUGCCUCAGCAGGCUACGCAAUUAAUUAAGGCAUUUCCAAAAGCAUGCUCGGCACGGAGCUGCUGCAUCUGCAGGCGCUUCCUCUUGGCUGUGCAGGUCAUGACGUUACCUGUGAAGUCCCACACGUGCGGCUGACUGGAUAUCCGCGCUGUGUUGACCGCUGGUUAUUUAAAAGACGAGAGAGCAGCUCUGACUGCAGUGGGUGCUGUUGGUUGAAGAGCUCGCGAACUGAACUUGCGAGGAGAGAGAGCGAGAGAGAGAGAGAGCGAGAGAGAGAGAGAGAGAGAGAGCUGUGCGCACUGUUCCCGGCAGAGUGGGUCCCGCUCCACACACACAUACACAUGCAUACACACAUCGGGGUCACUCCACUUCCAGGCAGCGGACUGGUUUCCACUCCCCGCACCUCCUGCAUAUCGCACAUGAAGAGUCUGAAGGACGCCAGCAGACAUUUCCUACCUGUGCACCUCCAGCGUGCGUCACAGAAACUGUUUCUUCGUCUAAUUGUUUCCUCCGCGGUUUUCUUACCCGGUGAUUUUGGAUUACUGAGAAUAACAAGCAGCGUCGGCGCGUAACGACCGAAAUCAUGGAUUUAUGGAUAAAGUUGAUGUUGUUGUGCAGCUGCUGCUUUGGAGCAAGUGCGGACUUUGAUGGCAGGUGGCCACGGCAGAUGGCCUCGUCCAACGGCCUGUGUCGAUACGGGGCCAGGGUGGACUGCUGCUGGGGAUGGACACGUCGCUCCUGGGGUCACUGCCAGCCUGUUUGUCAGCCUGGCUGUAAGCAUGGAGACUGCGUGGGACCCAAUAAGUGCAAGUGCCACCCUGGCUUCACCGGCAAGACCUGCAAUCAAGACCUGAAUGAGUGCGGGCUGAAGCCGAGGCCCUGUAAACACAGGUGCAUGAACACGUAUGGAAGCUACAAGUGCUACUGCCUCAACGGCUACAUGCUGAUGCCUGACGGGACUUGUGGAAACGCUCGCACUUGUGGCAUGGCCAACUGCCAGUACGGCUGCGAGGUGCUGAAAGGAGAGGUCCGAUGUCAGUGUCCGUCACCGGGGCUACAGCUGGCUCCCGAUGGAAGAACGUGUGUGGACGUGGAUGAGUGUGCAGCGGGGAUAGCGGUGUGUCCUCGGUUCAGGAAAUGCAUAAACACCUUUGGGAGCUACAUCUGCAAGUGCCAUGAAGGCUUUGACCUGCAAUACAUCAAUGGGAAAUACCAAUGCAUAGACGUGGAUGAGUGCUCUUUAGGUCGUAGCCACUGCAGCAGCUUCGCCACCUGCUACAACACGCCGGGCUCAUACAAGUGCAAAUGCAAAGACGGCUUCAGGGGGAUGGGCCACGACUGCAAACCGCUUCCUAAGGUGGCUAUUGACCCUCCGAGACCUGGCAAACUGCCUCCCAAUCAUCACAACCACAUCCCCGACAUAGAUCAGAGGAGGACCACCACCACCGUCCGCCCACCAGUGACUCAAAGGAGAAUCUUCCCUGUAAUCCCAAAAUCAACAGCCGCCACCACAACUACGACCACCACCAUAACGACCAAAGCAUCACCGCCUCCAAAGAGGGUCACCCCACCUCCACGUAAACCGGCCAUUCCCACCCGGAAGCCCUUUAUCCCGACCAGGAAGCCACCAGUACCAACACGCAAGCCACCAGCACCAACACGCAAGCCCUACAUCCCACCAAGGCCAGUGGCUCCCACCAGACGCCCCCCGCCACCACUACCACCACCCGUCACUCCGGUAGACAACACCAUCCAGAAGGAGGUCACCAAACAGAGAGGGGAUGUCCACAUUCCUCGGAACCAUGAUCGUAACACCGUCCUUGGCGUCGACUUUGACAUUGAGCUCGGCAACACGGCAGAUGAAGCCAAGGACGAUCCAGGGUCGGGGUAUCUGAGCUGCUCCUUUGAUGACGGUCUUUGUGGUUGGAUCAGGGACAAAGACGGAGACCUGCACUGGGAGACGACCCCAGAUCCAUCAGGUGGACGGUACCUCACCAUUCCCGAGGUAGGCAACAAGAGGACCGGGCGAGGGGCUCGGCUGGUCCUUCCUCUCACCCCUCCCUGGAACGACGGCAAUCUGUGCCUGUCGUUCCGACACAAGCUGGCGGGCCACCACGUGGGCAUGCUGCAAGUGUUUGUGAAGAAGGGAAAGCAGUACAGUCCGGCAGUCUGGGGCCGGACAGGAGGAAACGGCUGGAGGCACACCCAAAUCACAUUAUGGGGCACUGGUCUGGAAAGUGUGAUCCUGAAGGGGGAGCGUGGGCGAGGCAGGAGCGGAGAGAUGGCUGUGGACGACAUCACCCUGAGGAAAGGCUCCUGCACAGAGGAGCACAAUCUGAGGAGACUCUGACUGACGGAACAGAAAAAGGCAGAAAGAAAACAAGAGGGAAAAUCAUCUCAAAGAGAACUGACUCUGUUGUGACAUCCCCUCACUCUGCCUGGGCUCUCGCUGAACCCCCUCCACCCCCAUCCCGCCGCCCCCUCCAAACCAUUCUGUGAACGAUAUCCGAAAAAUUGUGCGUUUGCAGAACAGUGGGUUUCUCUUUCUCGACUGACCAUGAAUAAAAAGACUGAACCGAAAAAAUCAUGGGCAUGCCCCCCCCCCACCCCCCACCGUCUCCUCAGCCUCCCUCUCACUCCAUCACCUUGUUACUAUGAAAACCUGCAUGCACCUACUUACCAUGGAAAUGUCCUCCACCUAACCCUGGCAGCCUUCCAGCCACACGGCUGAGAGGCCCUCGUUCACUUCAUCUGCUCCCUGAAGCGGGGAUUGUUCCCCCACUUAGGAGUCUGCUUUCACCUUGCUUUGAUCCUUUAGCCACAAGCCGUGGCUUUUUAUUAGCUUGAUGUUACAACAUGUGGCCAGGAGUGCAUCUGUGACGGUUUGGAUCAGCAACAUCUCUUUGAGGGAGAGAGAUUAAAAAAAACAAAAAGAAAGAAAAAAGUAUAAAAAGACAAAUUGUGUUUGUUUUCAUUUAUUUCUAAUCCAGAAGAAUCCAAAUCUGAUAAAGACCCAAAGUAUAAAAUCAACUCGUCAGUUUAGCUUUUCGUUGGCGUAAUCUCAGUUCCUGGUUCUGUAGCACAGUUUGGACUGAAACGCAGCUUUCUUUUGUUGGCACAGUAUUUCAAAGAUCUGUUCAGUAGAAGAGGGGUUUCAUACAUUUAGCCCCUUUUCUCCACCCUGAUCUUGUGUUGAACCCUCCACAGUCAUUGUUUUUCCAGAUACUUGAAAUCACAGAAUGAGUUUAUGAUUUAAAAACACUUUCAAAUCAACACUUACGUUCUAUUAUACACUAUCUGCUUUGUUAUAUUAAGUGCAGUUUGUUAUAAAGACAAUACCGACGACUUUUUAGGCGUUCACAAAUUGUAUUAUUGUAAAUGUAGUCGUGUGUACAUACUCUAAAGAUCUACAAUCCCAUUUGUUGUGUGGUUUAUACGUUCUGUAAAUUCAUACAUGGAUAUUAAUUGGAUUUCAAAAUGGUUGGUAUCUCAACUUUUAAUUAAAGAAACAUGUAUACAGAUGGAAACCUUGUGUUGUGCAAGGCUGUGUUUAAUGUGCACACAAUGUGUAUGUCCAUGUGUUACGGUAUAAUGCUCUGUCUGUAACUUGCAUAAUCACAUGCUGUGAUAAUGAAGGGCAUCGGCUGGAGUUUUAAGGUUUUCUGUAUGCAUGGGUGCAUUCAAUAAAUUUAGAUUGAUCCAGACCAGUAUGUAAAUAAAAUACACUUGACUGAUA